AUGUCUGAAUCUACCGCCCUCGACCCCAAAGUGUGGCCCGAACAGCCUCCCACCGUGCCCAAGCUCGUCCCCGUGUUCGUGAUAAACUUGAGAAUUGCCAAUGACCCCCAGGCGGUGUUCCACGACCAGCAAGUGGACAAGGCGCUCACGUUGGCACGGGUGGUCAACGGCGAGAUCAAGACGGUCAAAGACAACGGCAUUGGUGAGCUCGACGCCUCCGACAUCACCGGUUUUGAUGACUUGGCGCUUAAGUUGCUGGCCAACACCGCCAGGUUGGACUGUAAGUUGUACGGCAAGGUCGCCGACGGCAGUGGUGUCUACAUCACUUACCCCGGGGUCGUGCAAAUGAGAAAAGUCACCACCGACGUGUUUGAGCGGAAGGCCACCACUUCGAGCUUCGACGACGGCUACGUCACUUGCAACCCGCUGUUUGCCUUUGACGGGGCUGUUGCCGACAAGUACAAGUGGGUGCUUAAGGAGAACUUCAUUGCCAAGGGGCGGUUUGUGCGCGACGCCAGCGACGGGUUGUACGUCCAGUACUACGUCUACGCCUUGCGUUAA